CAUGCAGCUUGUCAGACUCCUUACCCAGCUAGUUUGAGACCAUCAUGCCAUCCAGAGUUCAUGGACUACCAAAAAAAGAGAUCGAAGUUGAGUUCAUGCUACCUCAAGACAGAUCAGUAUUUAUGAAAGCUUCUGUUAACAGUCAAGUAAAAGAGAUUAAAAACAAGUUAUGGCAUUACCUGGUCUCCCAAGGACUUGAACUCAGUGGAGCUCCGUGUGACUAUGUUUUUAGUUACAGUCAUGAAUUGAAUGUUUAUGAGAUAAUAGAUGAAUCUGUCCUGCUAUGUUCUUUAGAUAUUUACCAAUAUUGGAUGGAGGAUUCAACAUUUAUGAAAUGGCUUGAAUUACGCCCAAGAAACAGAAUUUUAUGCCGCCAUGAUAAAGAUAUGAUAAGCAUGGUUCAAGCUUUGACUGGCAUCACUCCCUCUGAGCUUGGCAUUGAGGGGAAUGUUGAGAUUGAGUGUGCCAGAAAGAAUUUCACGAUGGUCGUCAAAAUGUAGAGAAGGUCAGAAAUAACUAUGACUACUAUUAUGGACCAAGAAUAACCCCUUCCCCACUUCCAGUUCACCUGCAGAAAAGAUGCCGUGAACAAAUGUUGUUUAUUCAGUUUUUCUUUCCAACUGGGAGUACAAAGUCUCAAUUAAGCGAACUGUUUGACAAGAGUGCUGAUUUUGUUAGGGAUGAAAUGUUUCCUAAAGAUCCGGUGAAGCGAACACUAUAUGGGCUUACUGAGGACGCCAAAGCAACAGAUUAUGUUCUGAAAGUUGCAGGUAUCAGUGAUUACAUCACAGGUGAUACACCUUUUGUAGAUUUUGUUCAUGUUCGGGAAUGCCUUAUCAGAAAAGAACAUGUUGACCUGUGGUAUGUUGGGAAACCAUGUAUUCCUGGUGAUGAAGAACCCAAGUUAAAUACACCAUUAUUGGAUCCUGCCGAGAGAUACUCUCUUCUUCAAUCUGACCUUACAAUAAACGGGAAAUUGCAUACUAACAUAGCUGCUUUGAGCUUGUGGGAGAUCAACCAGAAGCUAAGAAUAAGAAUUUUUGGCUGUGAAAAUGUCGCAGAUAUUGAAGAGGGGUUGUCUUAUGUGUACGUUCAGUGUACCUUGUACCAUGGCACAACCCCACUUUCAGCUCCGGGAUGCACAAAACAAGUUGCAUAUUCCGCAUCUCCUACAUGGUAUCAAUGGUUAACCUAUGACAUAGCUCUACGUAAUGUCCCACAAGAUGCACGAAUUCAUAUUCAGGUAAAAGCCAUCACAAAGGGGCAGCGCAAAAAGUCAGUGACGGAGGAGAAUAAACCAAAAUCCUCUAAAAAGAAUCUCCAACCCAUCAAGUCGGACACAUUAAAGGGAGAAAAUUCGACCUCUGUCGGUGAAGAUAUUUGUAUUGCAUGGAUAAACCUUUCUCUUAUAGAUUUUAGAUCAUGUUUAAAGACAGGAAAAAUGACUUUGAGUUGCUGGGACAUAGAUGAAGAUAUUGAAGAUGGAACAAUGGCUCUCCCAGAUAGCGUUGUGAGUCAAAACCCAGUCCCAUCAAGUGUGCUUCUUAAGAUCGAGCUGGAUGAGUUCAUGUUUCCUGUUGUUGUGCCAUCCUACCCUCCGCCCCUUGCAGAUCUUGAUCAGGGUCCCAUUCCAAGUCCUUCUGAACAGAGUAGACUUGAGGCUCUCAUGUAUAAUGUUGAUGCCCUCACUGGACUAAAUGAGAAGGAAAAAGAAAUGAUAUGGAAGUACCGCAGGUUUCUCAAAAACUAUGACCAAGCCCUUCCUAAACUUCUACAGAGUGUGGACUGGUGUCACCAAGAAAACGUAGAGGAAAUUGUCCAAAUGUUGGAUGUUUGGGCCCCUCCAAGAAUGGAGGUUAUUCUUGAGUUGCUAUCUUGCAGAACUCCAUGUCGUCCAAUCCGAAACUAUGCUGUAUCAUGUCUUGAGAAACUCGAUAUUCAUUUAGUGAGUACCUACCUUCUGCAACUAGUUGAAGCUCUCAAAUACGAAACGUAUCACGACUCUCCCUUAGCUCGGUUCCUUCUGAAGAGAGCUCUUGAAAAUCGCGAAUUUGGCCAUUACUUCUUCUGGCACCUCAGGAGCACCAUUGAGAGACUAGAGCACCGGGUGAGAAUAGGUUUGGUUUUGGAGGCCUUUAUCAGGGGCUGUGGAGAUGAACAAAGAGUUAGGCUUCUGUCUCAAGUGAGAGCUUGUACAAUCUUAAGGGGUAUCGCUCAGAAUCUCAAAUCAGAGAAGUACCAAAAUGAUGCACAACGUAAAGCAUACCUUUUAGAGGCCCUCCACACCUCAGAUCUUCCGGAAAGUUUUUCUCCCGUUUUCAAUCCUUAUAUCAUGCUAGGAAAGAUAAUUCCCAGAGAGUGCACCUUUUUUGAUUCAAAGAAGAAACCUUUAUUAUUGGCAUUCGAAAACGGUGACAGCAGUAACUCUGAAAAGAAGAUUAUGAGAGUUAUAUUCAAACACGGAGAUGAUAUUACUCAGGACAUGGUUACAAUACAAAUGCUGAAGCUCAUGGAAUCAAUGUGGCAGCAAAGUGCACUUGACCUCUACAUGAUGCCUUAUGGGUGUAUCAGGACUGGUAAAAACUGUGGGAUGAUUGAGUUUGUGGAUGCAAUGACACUAGCUGAUAUUAUGCUGGAGCAUGGUGGAGUUACAGGUGUGUUUAGGGCUGAUCUGCUGAAAGAAUGGCUGAGUCAGCAGAACACCUACAAAGUUGAUUUAGACAGAGCUUUACAGUUAUUCACCAUGACCUGUGCAGGGUACUGUGUUGCUACUUAUGUCUUGGGAAUUGGAGACAGGCAUAGCAGCAACAUCAUGGUGAAGCGUAAUGGUGCUUACUUUCACAUCGACUUUGGGCACUUUCUUGGGAAUGUUAAGUAUUUUGAAGUGUUGGGCCUCAACAUAAAGCGAGAAAGGGUUCCUUUUGUUUUUACAUCUACAUUGGCAUUUGUAAUGGGUGGCAGAGAUGGGGAACUUUUCAAACAGUUUGAGAGUGUUGCGUGUAGAGCAUUCUCAGUCCUCCGCAAGCAUUCCCAUCUACUUGUCAACACACUGUCACUACUACUGAAAGCAGGGAUGCCAGAACUUCAAACAACUAAAGACAUUGAGUAUCUACAUUCCACUUUGUUGCUGCAUAAGAGUGAAUCUCAGGCAGCCAACCACUUUCAGUCAUUAAUAAACGACACGCUGAAAGACAAAUCUACUGCACUCAAUUUCCUGGCUCACACUUUGAAACAUCUGUAGCUUGCUUUAUUGACAAUUUUGUGUGCUUUGGGUCGCUUGAGUAAAAAUUGCUCCAUCUUUAUAAAGUUAAUUUCAAUGGGAUGGAACUGUAAAUAGGAAAUUAUUUGUAUGAUACGUUUAGUUUUUGUUUUGAUAACAGGAAUCUAUUUGAUGAUUAAAAAAUACCGUACUGAUUACUGAACAAUUUAUUAUUUGAUUUAAUCUCGAGUUGAGAUAAGUUGUUUAUAAGGUUUUACCAAGUAUUCAGCCAUCUUUCAAAUUUUGUAGUUUUAUUAAUAAGGGCUGCCAUUUCUAAUUCUCUCUUUGUUACUGCUGGGCAUGCACAAAUUUACUACAAAAACGAUAGAUCUGUUUGUACGGUGGUUGAACUAGAUGUUCUUAAUUGUUGAUGACUUUGAUAUAGUUGCAUUGAAUUUUCUUGAAUUCUGAGACGAAAGGGAUGGAAAUAUUAUCAUUUUUGUUUAAUAAUUUUCUAACUUGCUGUUUUUAAUCUU